CAAUUAGUGAUUGACCUUUUAUUCAUCAUCAUUUAAUUAAAAUAUAAUCGAUUAACUCAAAUACGUGUGUUUGUCGUGUCGUUUUCUUUUGACAAUUGGCUUUGACACCCAUCACCACUGCCACCAUCACCACCAUCAUCAUCAUCAUCAUCAUCAUCGCCACCACCACCUGAAAUAACUUUCGUAUAUAGUGGCGCGUAUGUCAUACAAUUUUACAAAAUCAUUGGCUGCUGCUUCUUUCUUCUGCUUGCUCAAAGCUUCCACAUCUCAAUAAGAGGCCAAUCGGUAUUAGUCGGCGUUUCAUAUUACAAUUCAAGCUUUCGUCGUUUUAAUAAUAAUCAUCAAAAUCGUUUUAUUGUAUCGGUCUGUUUGAUUGCCUUCUGUCUGUCUUUUAUUUUCAACAAUCUUGUCGGUGUUUUUUUCCCCACAUCCAUAGGAUUUUUACAUUUUUCUUCAUUUCAAUUCGUUUCAUCAAUCGAAUUUUGGUCAAGAUUAUUGUAUAUCAUCAAUCAAUCAUAUUUUUAAAUUCUCACCAAUCCAUUUUUUUUAAUCAAUCAAUUUGAUUGAAAUUGUUAUUCCAUCCGUAUUUGUUUUGUGGGCAGGUGUUAGUCUACAUUUGGACUGCAUCUUGAUUUUCCAUAAUUAUUGAUUUGGUCAACAGUAAUAAAAUAAUACGAUCCAAAAAUGUCUCAAGCACUUCCGAUCAAAUUUCAAGAACACCUCCAGCUAACCCAGAUUGGUAUAAAUCAAUCGAGCAUUAGUUUCAACAUGCUCACCAUGGAGAGUGAUAAAUUCAUUUGUAUUCGAGAAAAAGUUGGUGAUUCAUCACAAGUGGUAAUUAUCGAUAUGGCAAAUCCAACAACGCCAAUACGACGACCAAUAUCGGCUGAUUCAGCCAUCAUGAAUCCUUCAACAAAAGUUAUUGCAUUGAAAGCACAACGUACAUUGCAAAUAUUUAAUAUCGAAAUGAAAUCGAUGAUGAAAGCACAUACAAUGCCCGAAGAUGUUCUUUUCUGGAAAUGGAUUAAUGUCAAAACAAUCGCAUUAGUUACUGAAACUGCAGUUCAUCAUUGGUCAAUGGAAGGUGAUUCCACUCCACAGAAAGCUUUCGAUCGUCAUGCCUCUUUGAAUGGUUGUCAAAUCAUCAAUUAUCGUGCAGAUCAUCAAGCUAAAUGGCUUGUUUUGAUCGGUAUUUCCGCACAGAGCAAUCGUGUAACUGGAGCCAUGCAACUUUAUUCUGUUGCUCGAAAAGUUAGUCAACCAAUUGAAGGACAUGCUGCUGCUUUUACAACAUUCAAAAUGGAAGGCAAUACGGAACUAUCUAAUUUGUUUUGUUUCGCCGCUCGUACAGCAGCCGGUGGGAAGCUUCAUAUAGUGGAAGUUGGCACAGCACCAACCGGCAGCAAACCAUAUCCUAAGAAGCAGGUCGAUGUAUUCUUUCCUCCGGAAGCUCAAAAUGAUUUUCCCAUUGCCAUGCAAAUGUCACCUAAAUAUGAUUUAAUCUAUUUGAUCACUAAAUAUGGUUAUAUUCAUUUGUAUGAUGUUGAAUCCGGAACUUGUAUCUACAUGAAUCGUAUUAGCGCUGAUACCAUUUUUGUUACAGCUCCAUAUGAGCCAACCAGUGGAAUCAUUGGUGUUAAUCGAAAAGGCCAGGUUCUUUCUGUUAGUAUCGAUGAGAAUAACCUGAUUCCAUACAUAAAUAAUACAUUGCAAAAUUCAGAAUUGGCAUUGCGUAUAUCUUCACGAAACAAUCUUGCUGGAGCUGAUGACUUGUUCAUCAAAAAAUUCAAUAAUCUUUUUUCGACUGGCCAAUAUAUCGAAGCGGCUAAAGUUGCAGCGACUGCACCGCAAGGCAUUCUUCGUACCUAUGAAACAAUUCAACGUUUUCAACAAACACCAGCGCAACCCAAUCAAUCAUCACCAUUACUUCAUUAUUUUGGCAUCCUUUUAGAUCAAGGCAAAUUGAAUAGAUAUGAAUCAUUGGAAUUAUGCCGACCAGUUCUUCAACAACAGCGUAAACAAUUGUUGGAAAAAUGGCUCAAAGAUGAUAAACUUGAAUGUAGCGAAGAAUUGGGCGAUUUAGUUAAACCGGUUGAUCCAACAUUGGCUUUAUCCGUUUAUCUGCGUGCAAACGUUCCGGUGAAAGUUGUACAAUCAUUCGCAGAAACUGGUCAAUUCAAAAAAAUAUUUUUGUAUGCCAAAAAAGUUGGAUUCCAGCCUGAUUAUCUUAGUUUACUUCGUCACAUUAUUCGUUCCAAUCAGGAUAAGGCAACGGAAUUUGCACAAGCAAUUGUUUCGGAAGAAGAAAAUCUUUGUGACAUUAAUCAAAUGAUUGAUGCCUUUAUGGAAGCCAAUCUUGUCCAACAAUGUACCGCCUUUCUGUUGGACGCUCUCAAAAAUAAUCGUGAAGAAGAAGGACCAUUGCAGACUCGUUGUUUGGAAAUGAAUUUGGUUACUGCCCCACAAGUGGCUGACGCCAUCCUCGCCAACAAAAUGUUCAGCUAUUAUAAUCGUCCUUUGGUUGCCCAGCUCUGUGAAAAGGCUGGUUUAUAUCAACGAGCAUUGGAAAAUUAUACCGAUCUAUAUGACAUCAAACGAGCAAUUGUGCACACACAUCUUUUGAAUCAAGAUUGGUUGGUCAACUAUUUUGGCACAUUAUCGGUUGAGGAUUCGUUGGAAUGCCUUCGAGCAAUGCUUACUAGUAACAUUCGACAAAACUUACAGAUUUGUGUACAAGUGGCUGGCAAAUAUCAUGAACAGCUUACAACCACUGCUUUGAUUGAAUUGUUCGAAUCAUUCAAAAGUUACGAAGGUUUAUUCUAUUUUCUCGGAUCAAUCGUCAACUUUAAUCAAGAUGCCGAUGUUCAUUUUAAAUAUAUUCAGGCUGCUUGCAAGACCGGUCAAAUCAAAGAAGUGGAACGUAUAUGCCGUGAAAGUAAUUGUUACAAUCCUGAACGUGUAAAGAAUUUCCUGAAAGAAGCCAAAUUAACUGAUCAAUUGCCAUUGAUUAUUGUUUGCGAUCGCUUUGAUUUCGUUCAUGAUCUAGUGCUUUAUCUAUAUCGUAAUAAUUUGCACAAAUAUAUCGAAAUCUAUGUGCAAAAAGUGAACCCCUCACGUUUGCCAGUUGUUGUACGAGGAUUAUUGGAUGUCGAUUGUUCGGAAGAUGUUAUUAAACAAUUGAUUAUGGCUGUCAAAGGACAAUUUUCUACAGAUGAACUUGUCGAAGAGGUGGAAAAACGUAAUCGCCUCAAAUUGUUAUUACCUUGGCUUGAAACUCGCAUCCAUGAAGGUUGCCAAGAACCAGAAACACAUAAUGCCUUGGCUAAAAUCUACAUUGAUUCAAAUAAUAAUCCGGAACGUUUCUUGAAAGAGAAUCAAUUUUAUGAUAGUCGAGUUGUUGGAAAGUAUUGCGAAAAACGUGAUCCACAUUUGGCAUUCAUCGCUUAUGAACGUGGACAAUGUGACAAAGAGCUCAUUCGAGUUUGUAAUGAAAAUUCUUUGUUUAAAAAUGAAGCUCGCUAUCUGGUUAAACGACGUGAUCCAGAUCUUUGGGCUGAUGUUUUACAAGAAUCCAAUCCAUAUCGACGACAACUCAUUGAUCAGGUGGUCCAAACUGCCCUUUCUGAAACCCAAGAUCCAGAAGAUAUAUCAGUCACAGUGAAAGCUUUCAUGGCAGCCAAUUUGCCCAACGAAUUAAUCGAACUCUUGGAAAAGAUUGUAUUGGACAAUUCGGUAUUCUCGGAUCAUCGUAAUCUGCAAAACUUGUUAAUAUUAACGGCCAUCAAAGCUGAUCAUAGCCGUGUAAUGGAAUACAUAAAUCGUUUGGAUAAUUAUGAUGCACCAGAUAUUGCUAACAUUGCAAUAAGCUCGGAAUUGUAUGAAGAAGCGUUUGCUAUAUUCAAAAAAUUCGAAGUAAACACUUCAGCCAUUCAAGUGUUGAUUGAACAUAUUAAGAAUCUGGAUCGAUCCUAUGAAUUCGCUGAACGUUGUAAUGAACCGGCUGUUUGGAGUUUGUUGGCUAAAGCCCAAUUACAAGAAAAUAUGGUGAAAGAAGCAAUUGAUUCGUACAUCAAAGCAGGCGAUCAGGUCAACUUUAUGGAUGUUGUCACUACCGCUCAUCGAACUAACAGUUGGGAAGACUUGGUUCGUUAUUUGCAAAUGGCCCGUAAGAAGAGUCGGGAACCUUAUAUUGAAUCAGAAUUGAUCUAUGCUUAUGCCAAGACAAACAGGUUGACUGAUUUGGAAGAAUUCAUUUCUAGCCCGAAUAAUGCAGAUAUCUCAAAAAUCGGAGAUCGUUGUUUCGAAGAUAAACUAUAUGAACCUGCUCGUAUUCUUUAUGAUAAUGUUGCUAAUUAUGGAAAAUUGGCUAUCACAUUGGUUCAUUUGCAACAAUUCCAAGGUGCUGUCGAUUCGGCUCGUAAAGCCAAUUCAACUCGUACCUGGAAAGAAGUUUGCUUUGCUUGUGUCGAUCACAAUGAAUUCCGUUUGGCCCAGAUGUGUGGCCUACACAUUGUAGUCCAUGCCGAUGAACUUGAAGAUUUGAUCAAUUAUUAUCAAAGCCGUGGAUAUUUUGAGGAAUUGAUUUCCAUGCUUGAAGCUGCUUUAGGAUUGGAACGUGCUCAUAUGGGUAUGUUUACUGAGUUGGCCAUUCUUUAUUCCAAGUAUAAGCCGGCUAAGAUGCGUGAACAUCUUGAAUUGUUUUGGAGCCGAGUUAACAUUCCAAAAGUUCUUCGUGCCGCUGAAUCGGCUCAUUUGUGGUCAGAAUUAGUAUUCCUUUAUGAUAAAUAUGAAGAAUAUGAUAACGCUAUUAUAACAAUGAUGAAUCAUCCAACGGAAGCAUGGCGAGAAGGCCAUUUCAAAGAUAUGAUCACUAAAGUGGCCAAUGUAGAACUCUAUUAUCGUGCUAUACAGUUCUAUUUGGAUUUCAAACCUCUACUUUUGAAUGAUCUUUUGCUUGUCCUAGCACCACGAAUUGAUCAUACACGAUCAGUGAAUUUCUUCACCAAGACAAAUCAUCUACCAUUGGUGAAAAAUUACCUUCGAUCUGUACAAAGUUUGAAUAAUAAAGCAAUCAAUGAAGCAUUGAAUGAUUUGUUCAUUGAACAAGAGGAUUAUCAAGCAUUACGUACAUCGAUCGAUGCCUUUGACAACUUCGAUACAAUCGCUUUGGCACAACGUUUGGAGAAACAUGAGCUGAUUGAAUUCCGACGUAUUGCUGCUUAUUUGUAUAAAAGUAACAAUCGAUGGAAACAAUCGGUCGAAUUAUGCAAAAAGGAUGGUCUCUACAAAGAUGCUAUGGAAUAUGCAGCCGAAUCAAAACAAGCCGAAGUGGCCGAAGAUCUUUUGCUUUGGUUUUUGGAACGAAAAAAUCAUGCUUGUUUUUCAGCUAUGCUCUAUCAAUGCUAUGAUCUGGUUCGUCCUGAUGUCGUAUUGGAAUUAGCCUGGAGACACAACAUCAUGGAAUAUGCAAUGCCCUAUUUGAUACAGAUACUUCGUGAAUACACAACUAAAACUGAUGAAUUGAAGGAAACUGUUGACACUAAAUUAGAGGAAUCUGUUCAAAACGAGCAAAAACAAUCAUCCAUCGUUUAUACACAAGAUCAAUUGAUGUUGACCGCUCCACCCGGAAUGAUUGGAUCAGCACCAACAAUGUCAGGAUUUCCACCACAGCCGCCACCCGGUCAACAAUUCUUUCCAAGUUAUGGAAUGUAAAACAUCUUUAAUAAAAAUUCAUAAACAUUAAUUUAUCACUUAUGAUUAUUAAUAAAUGAUUCUUAUAUUA